AAUACAUCUGAUCAAAACCGCAAAAAAAUAAGUAUUCCAAAUCUUAUUUCCCUUCAGUUUUCUGCCAGAGAACUUGGAAAAUUCUUAACUGUAAAACGUAUCAAAUUUGCAAGCAAAAUACACAAUCGGACGAUGAAUGAAGCGGCAGCACUAGCAGGAAUGAUUCCAUACGAUGCCAUGGGUAUGGGUCUCUACGAACAACCCAAGCCAAGAUUCAUUUUCAAAAUGCCCCGUGUUAUUCCCGAUCAAAAAUCCAAAUUUGAAAGUGAUGAAUUAUUUCGUCGAUUAAGUCGUGAAAGUGAAGUAAGAUAUACAGGGUACCGUGAGAGGUCUCUGGAGGAAAGACAGAUUCGUUUCCAAAAUGGUUGCCGUGAGGGCCACACCGAGAUCUCAUGUGUAACAUCUGGCACAAAUUUACAAUUGGUUUUCAAUGCCACUCAGAAUCCCUAUAUACAUGAUAAGGAGUGCGACUUUGAGAAAGAGCCUGGCAAGGUACACAUCAAGUCUUAUUUUAUAAUGAAUGGGGUAUGCGUUCGAUUCCGUGGCUGGUUGGAUUUAGAGCGCCUAGAUGGCUCUGGCUGUGUGGAAUUCGACGAACGCAGAGCAAUGCACGAAGAUGCCAUUCUUCGGGAUCAAAUUGAUAGAUAUAAUCAGCGUCUACGGGAGUUUGAGGAUUCAAAGAGGGCAUACAGAGAGAAUCGUGCCGAGGAUAUAGAAGCAGUUCGGCGUGGAGUUGUUCCCGGAGGAGGAAUGGGUGUUGGAGCACCCAACAUGUGGCGUCGUUAGAAAACCGAUGAUGGAUGCAUAGAUGCAUACGGACGACCAUAUCUCCCAAGGAUAUGUAUAUUUUAGUAAUUUAAGCACAAAUCACAUUAGAAUAGUCGGAUGUAUACUAGUAUAUGUAAUUUAACAAAACAAUAAGUUUAAUUUGGUCAAUAGGAGGCUAAAGAUUUGUAACGUCACGAUAUUUUCUGAUAUCAAGUCAAUAUAAGCUGAAUUUAAACUUAA